AUGAUUGGUCAGGGCCUGCUGGGUACCUCCUACCACCUUGACCACCUGUUGACCGCCGUUGACCCCGUUGACCUGCCUGCUGACCAGCUGGCGUUUCAGGAUUUUCUGUCGUGGGCCGACCGGCCAGCAACAAUAGAGGCGGUGACACGAGCGCGGGACAACGGGGUGGUGGGGGCGCUCACCCCCCCUUUCCGCCUCAACCUCUCUCUCUCCACCACCAACCGCCCCAUCUCGCGCGGCCUCUUUAUAGUCUUCCCCGUUUACCGCACGCCCGACCCGCUCCCCGAGGGUUUGCCUUCUAGCGAGUACCGGGCGGCGUGCCUCGGCUACAUGACGGCGGUCAUGGACUUUGAACCCAUGUGGGACGCGAUGCUCGCGGUGAGCGGUGGGGAGGGGUGCUGGGGGGUGCUGGGUGGUUGGGGAGUGCUUAGAAGGUGGGAAAUGGGGGGUGCAGACUGCAGUGCAGGGGCGUGCCUGGGCUACAUGAGGGCGAAUCUGCGAUCAUGGACUUUGAACCCAUGUGGGAUGUGA